AUGGGGGGUAAUUUGAUACAUGGAAGCAUCCCUAUCGGCAUUGCAAAUCUUGUAAACUUGAUCAAUCUAGGAAUGGAACAAAACUACUUUGGUGGCAGUCUCCCUGAUGUAAUUGGCAAGCUUCAGAAGUUACAGGGAUUGUAUCUGUAUCUUAACAAGUUUUCUGGGCCAAUCCCAUCCUCCCUAGGUAACUUGACUUCAGUAACAACGCUCUUAAUGGAGGGUAAUAGGUUUGAGGGAAGUAUACCUCCAAGCCUGGGAAACUGCCAAAGCUUAUUGAUACUUAACCUUUCUAAAGUGGGUGAGUUGGUAAAUCUCUCGGAGCUAGAUGUAUCAGGAAACAACUUAUCAGGUGAAAUCCCCAUAACCCUUGGCAGCUGCACUAGUUUGGUGAGCCUGCAUUUGGAAGGUAAUGAAUUUGAAGGAAACAUUCCUGAAACUCUGACAAAAUUAAGAGGCUUGGAAGAAAUAGAUAUUUCACGCAAUCACUUAUCUGGGAAAAUUCCUGAAUUUCUAGGUAAGUUUAGAGCUCUUAAGCAACUCAAUCUUUCUUAUAAUGAUUUUGAGAGUGCAUUGCCUGAAGAAGGAAUAUUUUCAAAUGCCAGUGGUGUCUCAGUUUAUGGAAAUAAUAAACUGUGUGGUGGCAUCCCAGAAUUACUUCUACCUGUAUGCUCUAACAAAAGCCUCAUUCAUCUCAAGGAUUACUUUCCCCAAAAAAUGGUGAAAAGGUCAAGAGGUCCACUUUUAACUUCACAUUCCUAUGGGGAUUGGAAAUUAGCCGUCUCUUACUUAGAACUCGCUCAAUCAACCAACGGGUUCUCUCUCGACAAUCUCAUUGGUUCAGGAAGUUUCGGUUCUGUGUACAGAGGAGUACUCUCUAGUAAUGGCAUGGUAGUUGCUGUUAAGGUAUUAAACCUUAACCAAGAAGGAGCUUCCAAGAGUUUCAUUGAUGAAUGCAAAGCUUUAAGAAGUAUAAGGCACCGCAAUCUUCUCAAGAUCAUAACCGCAUGCUCAAGCAUUGACAACCAAGGUGAUGAGUUCAAAAGUCUAGUUUCCGAGUUCAUGGAAAAUGGAAGUCUAGACCAGUGGCUGCAUCCAAGAGAUGAUGAACAAUCUCAAAGUAAGAGAUUGAGCCUGAUCCAAAGACUAAAUGUUGCCAUAGAUGUUGCUUCUGCAUUAGAUUAUCUACACCACAAUUGUGAAACAUGCAUUGUUCAUUGUGACUUAAAGCCAAGCAACGUUCUUCUUGAUGAAGAUAUGGUAGCCCAUGUGGGUGACUUUGGUCUAGCAAGGUUCGUUUUGGAAGCAUCAAAUAAUCCCACCAAAUCUCAAACCAUGUCAGUUGGGCUAAAGGGUUCCAUAGGCUACAUUCCUCCAGAGUAUGGAAUGGGAGGCCAAGUUUCCAUACUUGGGGAUGUUUAUAGCUAUGGGAUACUGUUGCUAGAAAUGUUCACAGGAAAAAGACCAACGGAUGACAUGUUCAAAGAUGGUCUAAGCAUUCACCAAUUCACAGCCAUGGCUUUCCCUGACCAUGUCAUGGACAUAGUUGAGACUUCAUUGAUCUCUGAAACAGAUGACGAGAAUGAUGAAGAUGACGAUGAUGACAACAAAUAUGGAAAUCGCAUAGAAGAAAGACAAGUAGCAGGAUAUAAAGAUCCUGGCCCAGUCAAAGCAAAAAGAUUUGUGGAACGCUUGGAUUCGUUGAUGCAAAUAGGGCUCUCAUGCUCUGCAACAUCACCAAGAGACCGGAUGUCUAUGGAUGUCGUUGUCAACAAAAUGAAUGCAAUUAGAGACUCAUAUCUCAAUUUAAGAAGAAGAAGAAAAAGAAGAAGAAGAAGAUCGAAAAGUACAAGAUAG